UCUACCUUUGGACGGGAAGCGUCGGCAGAGUUUGACCAUCCCAUCGAGGAGAUAUACGUGGACAAUCAAUCUGGAGGAUGUAUACUGGUCCCUUUCCAAUUCGGUCAUCAACGGCCAUUUGCCCUACUCUGUAUAUGGACUACAUCCGGGGUGGCCGGAUGGAGAAUUGUGCGCGCAGAGACGGAAAACAUUAUCCCCAAGGUUAAUCAACAGACACAAACCUAAAAAGUGCACGCUUUAUUGCUUAG